AUGCGCCUUAACGCAGACCGCAGACCUUCAUCAAAAUCAGUUUUACUAGUAAAGUUGUGUGAAACUAGAUGGGUAGAAUCUCACGAGGCGAUUAUUCGGUUUUCCGAUAUGCUUAUACCUAUUGUAAAAUUUUUGGAAGACAUGACAGUUAAUACGGAUGGAAAUAAAUUUUCUAAAUGUAACGGAGUUCUUCAUUCAAUAUUGACGUUUGAAUUUAUUUUGUCCUUAGAAUUAGCAGUAGAAAUAUUGUCUUUGACUUUGCCAAUAUCACGUAAAUUACAAGACCCUGGUUUGGAUUUGACUAUAUGUAUUGAAAUCAUACAGACUGUAUUAGAUGUUCUUAAAAACAAAAGACAAAAUGCAACAUUUAAUAACAUUUAUAAUCGAGCCGUAUCAAAAGCCGAAAAUUUAAAUAUUGAAGUUAAAACACCACGAAUAUGCAAACGACAAAUAAAUCGAUCAAACAACAUUACUUCAAAACAUAUUAUAGAAGGUGAUACUUUUUAUGCAGCAGAUUUGCCUCGAUCCAUAGACGAAUUAAAAGGUGAAAUUGCAUUAUGGCAGCUGCAUUGGACUCAACAACCAAUAAAAAAGGAAAAAAUAAAUACAGCAAUAGACGCAUUCAAAGAAACUGAAGAUGGGAAAUUACAAUUAUAUUUAUCGUUAUAA